UUCACACAGUAGGCAAAUCAACAAGAUGAGCGACAAGGACUCUCCCCCAUCCUACGUAUGCAAUAUGCAAUUAAAUGUGGAUUCCUCGGAGCAACCAAAGGUGCGCUCAAUUUGUGGACCUGCCUAUGAUCAACGUAGCACUGAAUCCGAUCCACAAGAUGAAUUUUUGGUGGAUGUGGAAAAUGUUACCGUCAAGUUUUACAUAUCAAAGACGAAAAUUGUUGCCCAAGUUUAUCCCAACUGCAUGACCAUGGCCGAGGUGAAACAGGAUAUAUCGCGUAAAUUUGAGGUGGAUCCGAGCAUAAUUCUGCUCAAACAGGACAAUCGUUUGCUAUGUGAUAAUGUACCCAUACAUUCGACCAACUUUGAUGAGUUUGGCAUACAUGAGUUUCAGCUGGAGCUCAAUGUGCCCAAAGGCGAUAACACCAAGCUAAGUCUGAAUGUCUACUACGAUAAACAUCGUCUGCCAGAUUAUUUGACUGUCCAUAUUUCCGGAGAGGACACGGAGGAUGGACAGCCAAAAAAUGUGGUGGUGGAAAUUGAAAAUGCAGCGAUUGUCAAGCCUUUUCUAUGUGGUUACAAAGACAAGCAUAGUAACAAGGAGUAUUUGGAUGCCUUUACGCAAACUGGGCCAUAUUUAGAUAAAUGGAAGAGCAAGCAUUAUCGAUCCCGGGAUACACAGACCUGGCAGCAAAAGGAGAAAACUUUGAAUACGGCACAUGAGCAGUCUGUACAGUGUUUCCUUGAUGGCAUUAACGUCAGAUACAUGUCCACUGCCAACGAUUAUGUCAUUGUCCCCGGCAAAUACCAAACAUUUGCUCAAAAGGAACGAGCUGAGCGGAAGCUUGAGAAGAUUCUGUUGAUACAGCGCAAUUGGCGACGCUGGAUUCUUUGGAAGUAUAUACAUAUACGGGCCAAUGAAUAUCGGUGUCUAGUGACAAAUCGGUUGGAUGAGGAACAGCAGUAUGAGGAAUGUGUGGAAAAGCGCGUGGAGCGCACGGAGCAAAUAAAACAGUUUCCACGGACCAACGAUGACUUCGAUAUGCUGUUUGCGGAGAUCUCACGUUGGAAGCGGUCGGAACUUAAGCGGAUUGCAGCCAACUUUGAGGGACCUGCUCGGAUAUCCGAGGUGAAUAUUCUGCUGGAUAAGGAAAUUCGACUGUUGAACGGUGUGGAGAGACAGCGACGUUUGGUGUCCAUGGCCAUGGAGGACUUUCGCAAAGAUCAGCUGUUGAAGGAAAUGGGAAAACCCAUAGAAUGGAUUGGUUACAAGGAUUGUAAAAUCCACUUGGAUUUACUGCGCACACAACGCGUUCGAUUUUUAUCCGAAGUCUACAAAGAUUUGCGCCAGACGCUGGACAAGGAGAAACGUCUGGAGCUUCUAGGACGCGUCAUGGAGCUGCUCUUGGAUGAGGCAUGCUUUCCGAAUUUUCCAGAGCUUUUCGAUCUCUUCGAUAGAGAAAAGAAUCUGUUAAUCUAUGCCAAGUCCUGUGAUGUGGAAAUUCUGCGGAAACGUCAAAACAUAUUGUUUUUCGAGCUAAUCAAAUUUCAAAAGCGGGAGCAACAGAAAAAUGUUCCUUCUCGCAUGUGCAUUGUGUGUAAAAAGGUAAAACCAUAUUCCCAGUUUGCGAUACGAACUCGCCAGAGUCACGUGGACACUUGUAAGCAUUGUUACUACCUAAAGUUGGUGGCCACGGAAAACACAGUUUACCAAUCGAUCCUACGCUGCAUUCAACGGGAUGAACGUAAAAGGAAAUGCACCACAUCCUUUGCUUUUGUUAUGCAGCAGGACGAUGUGCGUCACAUGCUCGACAAAAUUUGGCACGGACACUCGGCACUUAGCAAGACGGAGAAUCUCAGCGAACUGCGAUUGCCUCGCUGGAAUAAAAGUGAUGACUGGUCACCAUGGAACUGCGUCUGUUUAACAGAACGCGAGACUCGUGAUCAUUACAAGAUCGACAACAUUGAGAAGGUCUACGAUGCCAAGUUUAUACUGUAUGUUGGCAAUUGUCAUAUGUUGGCACGUAACUUGUUCCACACUCUGGCCGCUGUGGCCACAGAGUUCCAGGAGACAGGACAAUGGUGGAAAGUGGGCAUGAAUAAGCAGCGCAGCAGCAACUUGAAUGCAGUCUAAUAUUUAGUAAUUCAUACUUAAAAUACUGACUAAACCAAAAAUAUAUUCAUUAUCUUAA